GGGAGUUGUGAACGUUCUAAUGAAAAAAGUCAACAUGAAAGCUUCCUGGCGAUGGGCGCUGGGGCUCACCACCACUUCCUGUGCAUCUCUCUGGCCCGCUGGGCUCAGUCCCCACCCCGCUGCUCAGCACUCGGCCAGCGGAAUCUGAGCCAUGCCUUCUACGCUUUGUGCCCUGCUCUGCCUCGGGCUGUGUCUGAGCCAGAGGAUCAGCGCCCCAAAGCAGACUCUCCCAAAACCGAUCAUCAGGGCCAAAUCCACUUACAUGGUUCCAAAGGAAAAGCAAGCGACCCUCUGUUGCCAGGGAAAUUAUGGAGCUGUUGAAUACCAGCUGCAUUUUGAAGGAAGCCUUUUUGCCGUGGAGAGACCAAAACCCCCUGAACGGAUUAACAAAGUCAAAUUCCACAUCCCGGACAUGAACUCCCGCAAGGCAGGGCGAUACAGCUGCAUCUAUCGGGUUGGGGAGCUCUGGUCAGAGCCCAGCGACUUGCUGGAUCUGGUGGUAACAGAAAUGUAUGACACACCCACCCUCUCGGUUCAUCCUGGACCUGAAGUGACCUCGGGAGAGAAGGUGACCUUCUACUGCCAUCUAGACACCGCAACAAACAUGUUCUUACUGCUCAAGGAGGGAAGAUCCAGAGACGUACAGCGCAGAUACGGGAAGGUCCAGGCGGAGUUCCCCAUGGGCCCUGUGACCACAGCACACAGAGGGACAUACCGAUGUUUUGGCUCCUAUAACAACUAUGCCUGGUCUUUCCCCAGUGAGCCAGUGAAGCUCCUGGUCACAGGCGACAUUGAGAACACCAGCCUUGCACCUACAGACCCCACAUUUCCUGCAGACUCUUGGGACACCUGCCUUUUAACCACCGAGACGGGACUCCAGAAAGACCUUGCCCUCCGGGACUACACUGCCCAGAAUCUCCUCCGGAUGGGCCUGGCCUUCCUGGUCCUGGUGGCUCUAGUGUGGCUCCUGGUUGAAGAUUGGCUCAGCAGGAAGAGGACUAGAGAGCAAGCCAGCAGAGCUUCCACUUAGGACGGCAGGAGAAGGUUGAACACAAAGACUCUUUGAAGAAUGACCAUGAGACGCAGCGGCCAUGGGUGGAACUGAAAGCUGGUGUUGAGCCUCAGCGGCGUGAGCUCUGCGUCAGACCCACUGAGGAGGGAGUCACUGCAGGGAAUGGGGGACACUGGCAUUCCAUUUGUCAGAGCAUCCCGGACGACGCAGUGGGUGGGAGAACUACAUGCUAAAUCUCUUUCUGGUUUUUUUUUUUUUUUUUUUUUGAGACAGAGUUUUGCUCUUGUUGCCCAGGCUGGAGUGCAAUGGCGUGAUUUUGGCUCACUGCAACCUCUAC